AUGGCUGAACUAUACUUUAUGAGACAUGCUCAACGCAUAGAUCAAGUGGCCAAGUCAUCAACAAAUCCACCUCUACAACCGGAUUAUCAACCGUUUGAUCCUUCACUAUCACUACAGGGCAAGGCCCAGGUCAAGAGUUCGGCAGAGACCAUUUUACAAGUGACCCGUGCCUUUGAGUCGAACUCAGCCAAAACGCCAGCAGCGCCAGCAAUAUCUACAUCCAUUUCAGUCCAAGGUAUCUCCAAACAGCAUCCAGCGUACCACGUCAAGUUCCAUCUACUAUGUGACUUUGCCUUGAGUGAAUGGGUCCAUGAAAAGAUGAAGAAUAAACCUCCGUACCAAGAUUCGAAUGAUGCCUAUAAGAUGUAUAACCCGAAUAUCAAACAGCUUCAUAAUAAGAGUGCUUGCUCCAACUUUAGACCCGCUACAAUGUUGGGCAAUUGGAAUGCUCCAGAUUUAAGUUACCUGGAAUAUCAAGCCAAUUGUAAAAAGUACUUCACCAAGUUAAUGGCCACUUAUAACCGACCACAACAUAUUAAGAAUGAUGACAUCAUUAUCAUAGUGGCCCAUGGUUAUACGGUAUCCAAUAUCUUGUCUUAUUUCCUUAAUCACCCCAUCUUCGAAGAGUUACCCGAAGCUAAAGUCAGUUAUGCCAGAAGAGUAUCAUUACCUGAAUACGUUGAUGUCACUAAUAGAGUUGAUGUUGAAGGGAAUGUUGAAAUGACUGAACUAAUAGAAUGUGAUCCAAAUGAAUAUACUUGGGAAUUGGUAUCUGAUUGUCUUGGAAUAUUGGAUGAUGAUCCAACUAGUAGUUGUGUUUUGAAUUUGGAUACAGAUAUUGUUUACUAUCAAACAAACUUUCUUAAAAAAGAUCAAAUUACUCCCGAAAUGAAUCCACCUUCUGCAACUGCAAUGUCAACUACUGACAGCGCAUCAAAUGAUCAACCGAGAAUUUCAUUCAAAAUGGAAUCUAAAUUACCUUCAGCUUAUAAUUCCCUUUGCCCGGGUGCAAGAAAUUGGUCUCCUCAAAAGGCUAACAAGUUUAACAUAAAGAAUGAAUUUCGCAAGAAAUACAUGCAUAGUGAGUUCUUUAAAACUUUCUUUAGUCUUCAGAAUCAUCCAACAAAGCCAGUAACACCUGAAAUCUCACCUCUGGCUGAACCUUCAAGAGAGAACUCAGUUAUCAACUUGAAAAAACUUGCCAGCAACUCGGAAAUCUACAAGCCAAUCAAAUUGAAGUAUAACAAUAACAGUUCAAUCUCCGUUGAACAUCUUAAUUCUAAAGUCAAUUCUAGAAGUAAUUCUCAAAUCAAUUUAAUGAAUCAAGAUAACCCAUUAGGAUCGGGAAAUUCCUCCUUUUUUGAUUUAAAGAAAGCAAGUUUAUUAAUAGAUUCGAGUUUGGCAAGAUCUUUAUCUAAUUCUUCAUCUAAAGGAAGAAGAUACCCUACAAAUACAAUGAAUUCAAGCGAAAGACUAGAAGAACUUCUUAGUGGGAUGCAGCCACAAGCUUCAAGCAAUUACGGAUCCCCAACUCCGCCACCAGCUUCUACAAACAGCAACACACUAAUACCGUUACCGAUACUUGUGAAGCGGAAACCAGGAGAGCCUACAUUCAUUGAAUCGGAUGAUUCAUCGUCUAACGAUUAUCAACCUACUAGACCAUUUACUUUAUCUUUUGGGAAAUCAAACAUAUCUAACGAUAGUUCCGAGAGUAUUGCACUUGCUCGUCCUCCUGCGAAAGAAGUUGAAACACCCAUUCCUCAGUUCCAAACGCAUUUUACUCUUCAUCGACCCCAUGAUCACGAUGAAAAGUCUGAAUCCGAAGGCGAGGUGGAUGAAACUCAAUAUAUAUGGUUUGGUCAGAAUGCCAAUUGA